AUGGAUUCAACGAAGAUACCCAUCACAGCGCCGCCUGGCACCGACAUCAUCUAUGACCCUUCUUACAUCACUGAAAAUACAACUCUCCCCCGGUCCGAGGAAUUUGAACUGCGGAAGCCCCAGGGGUGCCCCGAAAAUGAGCUUCUCGUCUGGCCCUUCCCCGGGCCACUGAGCGACAUACGAGUCUUGGAUCCCACGGCAUCUCCUCAGGAGACCUACGCGAAGAGGCAACCAUUUGUUUUUCCUGGCGCCGAUGGAGUCUCGCAAACCUUUCAUCCAAUCGCCUCAUUGCCCGCCUGCUACCCCCUCGUUUCUGGCCUUACUGUCGAGGUUGACCACCUGAAAGAGUUUGAAUCUGUGUGCCACAGAAUCUCCGAACAGCACGAGUUCGAGCUAGACGAAGACGGAAACGAGGUCAGCGAAUAUUGCAUCGACGAAGAAUGUCAAGACCACCCCUGGCGAUAUUAUCAAAAUCCGCCAAAGCUACAUGUCGACGCCAAGCAGAAACCGUUCGUCACGUUGGGUGAGGUGGUAGUGGCAGUUCACGAAUGGCUUCAUACACUUCACGACGAUAUCAUUCUCGCCGAGUCGGCAACGUUUGGGGAUGCGUGGGGUCAGCAAUGGCCGCCAUUCAUACCGCGAGACACAAUGUUCUGGAUCGACGGGUGCGCGGCGAGU